AUAUUAUUUGCAAUACUGCAUUUUAUACAUUAAAAUGUUUUUAAUGUGGGCAUCUAGGUUUCCGUAGCGAACAAAAAAUGGCGGGAUGUUACCCAGUUACCCUUGAAAAAUCGUUCCGUAAUCUCGUCAUCCUCCAGGACUUCUCGGCGCCUCAAGCUUUCACACGCAUUCAAGCAGUCAGGGCCGCAUUCAGGAAACACUUGCCCGUACAUAAUCGAAAAAAUGUAUACAAAAUUCGUUGACGGGCUUCCGUUACAGGCAUCCUAUAAAUUAGUGUACACUGAAGAUGUUGAGACUUUUGGAAAAAUAUUUGCAAAAUCGUAAAGAGCAUUCCCAAUCUCUUAUCCAAAGAAGUAUCACCCUUCGUGAUAGUCUGGUGGUUCUCGAGAAAAAAAUUAACAAAGUAAUGUAGUGUUAUAGACUUUUUCUUCUAAAAGAAACAGUAUUGACUUUUGGUUUAUUUUAAAAACAUUUUUGGUUUGGUUCCCUAUAUCAUGCGAUUUUUUUUGUACAACUCAAAUGUUACACCCUUGUAUGUAGUACAAACUUGAAGGUUAGAUUUCAUUGGGUAUUUUGUCAAUGUAUUGUUAAAGAUUUCAUUGACGUAAUCAAUGAAACCGUGCUGAUGUUCCAUGUGUAGGUACCAGGUUCGCCGGAAUAGGCGAUACAACUUAUAAGAUUUCAAGAUUUUUCAAGAUUGUUUUGAAGGUGCCCAUGAAGAUUUUUAGUGAAAUUUUUUCGAAGAAGGUGUCAAAACAUCUACACUUCUCAGAAUACAAAUCAGUUUUUAGGAAACUUUCGUAAAAAAAAAUUCAAAGGAUUAAGGACCUAUUCGAUUUCGAGAAAAAUUUCUAAAAAGGUCUUCAAGAUUAUUUUAUAAUUAUUGAAGAUGUUUAACUUCGAAGUGCCUAAUGAACAUUACUUGGUAAAUGGCAUUGUACUGCUACCGAUACCUACUUCUUUAAAAACAAAAUUUUAUUAGAGUUCACAGUUACAAGGUUUCGAAAUAUCUAUUUUAUAUGAUUAAUAGGUGGGAUAACAUAAAUUAGUCGCAUUGCUGAAAAUAAUCAGCGGAUAUUAUGUACGUAUGGCAACAACGUUUCAUUAUUUUCAAUUGCAAAAUCUGCCGUGAAAAAUUUGAUUAUGAGUCGAGUUAUUAUAGUAGGAAAUAGGACGUGAUGAAUCGGAAUGAAAUGCAAGAUCACUCGACUUUUAUUUACCUAAACAAAAAAAUCCGUCAGUCAGGUUGCAACAACAUCGCGGUACUAACAGUCAUCGCAGUCAAUGGAUAAUUACACUUGUUCGUCAUUACGGAUUAAUUUCCGGAAGUAAUGAUUGAAGAAUCAUUGACCCGUUAUCUAUUGGGUUAAAUAGAAAAAUAACUGCUUUAUUACACAAAAUUGGGACACGCUGUAUACAUAUUUUUGCCUGUAGGUAGAUGUGCACAAAAAUUGAGUACAACGUGAUGUAAAUUAUACUAUUAAAGCUAUAAAUUACGCUAUAAUCCCUAUCCCAGUGUACGUAUAUAGUAAUUCGCUAAUUAGUAACAUUGAUUACAAUCAGUUUGAGACCUAGUUAUCUAUGUAAAGGCAAAAUCGACGUCAUAACAACGUCUCAAAAAUGGCUCUAAUGAUUAUUUAUGACUUUCUCACGACUGCAACGGUCUAUAAUAAAGCAAACAUUUUCAUUCAUCUCGGCCCGUUUUCGUUACCCAAUGAUCAUUAUCGUUAAUAAUCAUUUUUUAGAUAGGUACCCAGAACAAAAAGUUAUUAUACUAAUUAUGGGUUUACAACACGGUUACGCCUUUGUAUUUAAUUAUAGGCAUGUUAAAUGAAACUGAAACACAAAUUAAUUUGUUAAUGGGAAAUAAAUACCGCUAAUAAAUAAACACACACGCCACAGGCACCAAAAUCUCAUCACUAUGGGGACCAUAAAUUUCCAUUUUAUUAUUAGUAGGUAACCGUUGCCAUAUUUAAAUAAAAAGAAUGGGAAUGCGCGUUAGAAUUUUAUUUAGAGAAAACGCCAAAACGAACGAAUUAAUAACAAUCCAAACAAGUAAAGUAUAGGGACCGUCGUUCUCUACCAUUUUACAGGUAAUAAUUUAUGCCUUCGGACAUAUAAAAAAAGACAAAGAUGGGACCGGCCUGUAGUUAGAGGGCCAUAGCUCAUAGUGUACGCGGCCCAUCUGUAAACAUAAUGGUUACUCUGUCAAGAUGGCAAUUAAACCACCUCGCAUGAUAGGUCAGAGGGCAUCGAAGGUAAUCUUGAUAUCUAUACACAGUUCUUAAAGUUAAAGAAAGAAACCGAACGUUUUUUUUCUUUUUAUUAUUAUACCUAUUACACACACGCACGUUUCAUUUUUAUUUGCAGGCCACCAUCGAUAAACCUGCAAAUAUACCGGUCGUCCUCUCGUUUUCUACAAUCCUUUAUCAGACGAGAACGGGAGGUUUCCAAUCAGAAAUUCAGUUACCGUUAGGUAUGGUUGUUAAUGCAGUCUUUAAAAAUCAAAAUUGGCUUUAUGUACAAACACCGCAUACCGAAGAAGGAUACGUUAAUUACGCCGCCUGUUUGCCAUUAGGCAUUAUCCCUCCGCCGACGGACUCUCCCGUGCCGUGUUGGGAGAACAGCACCGACGUCUUCCCUAAGCCAUCGGGGAAUAUGACAGACACCGAAAAAUUGAGUUCGCGCUCCGAAUGCAGUUUGAGUAGGUGUCACAGCAGAAGGUCUCGAACGGCUUACAGUUCUUGUGGGGAAAAGAGUGUCGAUAGAUUGUAUUUGCAAGCGGCGGCGUGUGCAAAAAUCAAAGGAACUAAACAAACUCUUUUAGUAGUGUACUGUGAUUACCAGGGGAAAGGAGAGAACGCGAUCAGUGUCACCAAAGGAGAUGUGGUCGUGCUUGUUAGUAGUCAUCUUAAAGGAUGGUUCUGGAUACGAAAUAAACAUGGCCAUGAAGGGUUUAUACCAUCAGCCGUUGCUGGACAUGGAUAUUUGUGAAAUAAUGUAUUAUAGUAGUCAUUACAAUUAUUUAUUAUUAA